AUGAACAACUUCGACUCCCACCCGCGCAUCUUGUCGCUCUCUUCCGCUUCAACCCCAUCUUCCAUCCCCACAACACCCUCUUCGCAGUCUCGCCGCCAAUCUCACGAGUCGGCCCACGACGCCCACCACUUUGUCAACCAAGAAGAAAAGACGCAACACAAGCUCAACCUCAGCAUCAAAAAGAUGUGGGAAGGCGUCAAGAAGCACGCUAUCGAGCACCACAAGAGCGUCAACGCUGCAUACAUGGCCAGCUACGGAUGCGGCGCUCCCUCCGGUACUGUUACCCAGGGCAAGCCCUUGUAG